AUGUGCACCUACCAUUACCUUCACCACCACCACAUUCCCCCUUGCUCCAAGGACCUUUACUUUGUGAUUCACUACCUCUUCUGCUCCGACGCGACCAUCGACCUCAACACCGGCAAUCGUCAGCCAUGCAACAACGCCAUCUACGAUGACUCCCACCUUGCAUCAACAGCCAUGUCUGCCUCCAUGUCCAUGUCCAACAGCAUGUCAACACUCUCCACAUCCCCCGCCUCUUCUCAGUCUUCAGCAUCAACGUCCUACUACUCCAAUGACGGCACCUCCUUCCCCGUAGACUACAACUCCCUCUACUCUUCUACCACCUCUCUCAACCUGAGCCAGCAACAACUACCACAAACAAUGGACUUCAACAACCCCUGCGCAUCCUCCACCUGCCUCACCAGUCUUGAGUGUGCGGAGGCAAAGGAAAUGAAUAUGCGUGGUGCAAAGCCCGGCCAGGGCUGGUGA